AUGAACCGCCAGCAGAAGGAGGAGCGAGGAACGCAAUGCGAGAUGGAAGAUAUCGAGCCCAAGGGAUCACUCAAGAACAGAAGUCACGACGACCAAGCGCUCUCACAGGCCAGUACGGAGAGCAAGGCGGGCAAGUUUGUGUUCAAGGAGUUGAGCCUGGAAGGGGAGAUCUCUCAGCUAAAGCAGCAUGUCCGGGAAAGAGACAGCCAGCUCAUUCAGCUCCUGCAGACUUUCCAACUCAAAGACCAAGAGUCGUCAGACUUGAAGAAGGAGAUUCGAAGAUUGCAGGAGAACAUGGUGUCUCUCGAGAUCGACCUGGAGAAAGAGAAGGAGGACAGGAAAGAGGUGUUGGAAGAGAAGCUGAGGAGCUCGGAGGAGAAGUUGGAGGAGACGAACUUGAGGCUGAGAGAUGCCAUGGAGGAGCAGAACAGGCAGAACCUCCACAGCGCAGACACACAGAGGAGAGGCAAGUUGGACUCGCAGAUCCGACAGGCAUGCUCCAUGCGCCAUGCCGUGUCGAUCAGUAGAGAUCUGCAGAGCAUUGUUGACGAGUUCGGACACGUGAUGUUUGAGUUCGACAUGGAACUAGAGGACGUCAGAAGUUACCAGAAGCAGGCCAUACUGGAACGGCAGAAGAGGAGGCAUGCGGAGAAUCUUCUCAGCCGAGCAAACGCGCAGAUAGCAGAUCUCCGCCUAGAGCUCGCACAUACGCAGUCGGUAUUCACCGAACGUCUGGAGAAGGAAAUCUCUCUAGUGCUCCAUGACACUGAGAUUGUCAAGGCAGAGCAGAUGGCCUAUCUCAAGGCGGUGCUUGACUCGAGCGAGGAGCGCGAGCGGAGGCUCAAGGAGGAAGUACAGGUUGACGCGGUCAGAGCUCAGACGCUAGAGGAGCUGAACGCCAAGUUUGCGAUCAUGCAAGAGACGGUUCAGAAGGCUGAAGAGUCGAAGGGGGAAAACGAGGACGCGUCCACAGCACAGGAUUCAACCCCUACGUCCCACCUAGAGCAGAAGCUCAUCAGCCUGCGGGAAGGGCUCGACAAGGUGAUCAGAGGUCAGACAGCUGGCCGAAGCUCAUCCGACAGUAGCGAAGUGUCUCCCCUGCCAGCCCCUCAGAGCGUCCUUCGUCAGACUUGCGAUGUGUCGGACUGGCAGGAGGAGGGAGGGCACGACACCUGUGCUCUACAAGAAUCUCACGACAGAGAGGUCGUCCUCGAGGGCGAUCCGAGGAAGAAGAAGGCGCUCAUGGAUGGAAGGUCAAAGUACGCCUCCCCCGAUCGAGUCCCACCUGCAGCAUCGCACCCCGGACAGCACGUGAUCGCCUCCUCGGGCCCCGACCUGACCAUGUUUAAGAUCAGAGUGCAGCAACAGGGCGAGUCAACUGCAACUAGAUCUCCACGUUUGACUCCUGCACCUCAGGAUCAAAAGACUGACGCCUCUCUCCUAUCGGACUCGUGGGUGCACGGGUAUCCCUACCCAUCACCUCCUCGUGAGUCGGAUGCUGCGAACUUGAACGGGAAGGCAGCAGAGGACAGUCUCCUCUGGUCCUUCGGCCUUGAGAGUCCGAUCAACUCAGCAAUGAAGCUGAGCUUCGAGGAGGAGGAUACAGCCAGCAAGUCUUCCAUUUCCCCCCAUGAAAGCCUCGUCUUGGUCGGCGACUCCGAGCUGCUGUCGAGUUUGAAGAAGCCUGACUCCCCGAGCAAGGCUAGAAGGAGAGUGAACUUUCGGGAGUGA